GCCUUUAAGAAAAAGGCAAAGCACUUGUAACACUAGCAGUGUUAGAAUUAGAAGUGAUUAUGGGCAGUGGUGACCACUUAAAAUUAGGUGGAACAUCUGCCCCUUUGCUUGAAGUACUACCUAAACAAGAAGUUAUUUUUAGGAUGUGUCAAAAAUCCCCUUUUUCCUCUUCAGCGCAGUGUAAUCGGCCCUCUUCACAAUGGGCAGCGUUGGCCCAACAAAUGAUAAUCGAUGUUUGUCGCCAAUACGGUGAUUAUGAAUAAACAACUACAAUAGACAAUAAAAAACAUUCGGGCCCUGUACACUAUCGUGAAUCCGUGAAUCGUGAUUGCCUCUUCGCCCAAUGCUGCCCAUUGUGAAGAGGGCCCAUAACACAAUAAACAAUUUUCACAAAGCUCAGCCAAAUGAUAAGCAAAAAAAGUUAAGGUCUAGGCUAAUCUGAAACGCACGGUGCGACGUUUUUAUUGAUAUCAUAUUGUAUAGAUAAGAUAGUUUACGUUCAGUCAGUCAUCCAUUGUCGUAUUUACAGGUUACAUUAUUUGUGUUUUUUUUUUAAAUAUGUAAAGUGUUGUGCCUUAUAAUGAAGGAUUGUGUAUCUGUGAGAAACUUUGUGAAUCGUCUGCGGGAAUGCUUGCUAUCAUGCUAUCAGCUAUUGUUCUUUUGGCGCACGAACAAAGUAUCAUCCACCGCCGGCACUCGAUUGAUAGAGGUUGGCGCGGUGGACACGAGCAAACGGAAACACAACAAGAUCCGCACCUCCAAGUAUACCCUGCUGACUUUCCUGCCUAAAAACCUGUCGGAGCAAUUGAGGAGGAUCGUCAAUUUCUACUUUCUCAUCGUCACUGUUAUUUCUAUUGUUAUUGAUAGUCCAGUAUCGCCGUUCACGAGUAUAGCACCCCUUACUUUUAUGGUUUUCGUGACAGCCGUAAAGCAAGGAUACGAGGAUUGGCUGAGGCAUAGAGCGGACAAUAAAGUCAAUAAUCAAAUAGUGGAAAUCGUCCACAAGGGUGUAAUAAAAGAGGUCCGUAACUCCACAAUUGCUCCGGGCACUCUAGUACGAGUGAAGCGAGGUAGGGAAGUACCAGCGGAUUUGGUGCUGUUGUGUUCUGCGGGGGAGAGGGGCAAGUGCUAUGUGACCACGGCUAACUUGGAUGGGGAGACUAAUCUCAAGACUUUGAGGGUACCUGCGCCGUUGGUUGGGUAUACUGCAGAUAUAAUUCCACCUGGCAUUCGUAUUGAAGUGCCCAACCCAGUGGCUGAUUUAUACACCUUCUAUGGACGAAUAGAAAUACCUGGGCAGGAUAGUAUGCUCCUAAACACUGAUAAUAUCAUGCUGAGAGGCUCCCGGGUAAAGAACACGGAAUGGGCUAUAGGAUGUGCUGUGUAUACUGGAGAAGAAACAAAACUGGCGCUAAAUUCUAAAUACGCAAGCAACAAAUUCUCAUCCAGCGAAUUGGCAGUGAAUUCCUUCAUAGUUCUCCUCAUAUACAUAUUAAUAUUCGAAAUGACUGGUUCUUUAAUAGCAAAGAUAUUAUUGGAAAAGUGGAACCCAGAGAGAUUAGAGUACUUUGGUUUAGACACGAGUUUUCCCUUGACUUGGGGUGGAGUUUUACAAGACUUGUUCUCGUUUCUACUAUUAUAUUAUUAUAUUAUACCUAUGUCGUUGUAUGUAACGAUUGAGUUGUAUAAGUUUAUUGGAGCCCUAUUCAUAGGUUGGGACGAAGACCUCCGCUGCGAGGAAACCGGCAGACCAGCUGUCGCCAACACUUCUGACCUUAACGAAGAAUUGGGUCAAGUUGAAGUCCUUUUUUCCGACAAAACAGGCACUCUAACCAAGAACCUGAUGGCUUUUAAAGCCUGUUCUAUAAGAGGGAGGAUGUUCGAGGAAAAGGAAGGGAGAUUGUAUGAUACGGGGAGGUUAGAGGAGCCGGUUGAUACGCUUCAGACAGACAUUAAAUUUUUCUUCAAAAUCAUCGCUCUAUGCCAUUCCGUGCAAGUCUCUAACGAGGACAUAAAAAAAUUGAGUGCCCGUCUCUCUGGCACAGGGAAUAUGCAAUUAAUGAAUUUCUUUCGACGCAAGAAAAUUACUAAAAAUAGUGGGAACAGCACAGUGAUAGAUAGCGUGACUUGGAACGCUAUUAUAAAUGAAAAUGGUAGCAAAAUGGAUUAUCAAGGAAGCAGUCCUGAUGAAAAAGCCCUAGUUGAAGCAGCAGAUAGAUUUAGAGUGACUUUUUUAGGAGAGGAAGGAAAUAAUUUGGUUCUAAAAGUUGGGGAACAAACGGAAAUGUAUGAAAGACUGCAGUUAAUAGAGUUCUCGUCGGAAAGGAAGCGAAUGUCCGUGAUCGUGAGAGAUAAGGACGGGAAGAUAUGGCUAUUCUGUAAAGGCGCGGAAACAUCAGUGUUCCCAAUAUGCAAGGAUUCAGUCUUAAUAGAAGAAACAGACAGAGAUAUAAACACGUUUGCCAAUAAGGGUCUGAGGACGCUGGCCAUUGCGUAUAGGGAAAUACCGAGGGAGGAAUAUGAGAAGGUUACGGAAUCUAUAAAGCUGAUUGAGUGCACAACAGCAGCUGGUCUCCAGCAAGUAACCCAGCAGUACAGGGUGUUAGAGCAGCAGCUCACACUUCUGGGGGCUACAGCUGUUGAGGACUGUCUGCAAGAUGAUGUAGCUGAUACGUUGGCAGCUUUGAGACGAGCUGGCAUCAAGAUAUGGGUAUUAACUGGGGAUAAGGUGGAAACAGCGAUAAACGUGUCCCAAUCUUGCGCACACAUAUCGGAAAACGACCGACGUAUGUUCCUAGUGGGCAUACAGGAUGAGGAGGCCCUUAAGGACAGUCUAGCCCUUUGCCAUCAAAUGGUCAUAGAGCCUGGGUACAGAGAUCUAACUCUAGUGGUCGAUGGUACGAGUAUGGCCGCGGUAUUAGAUACUGCGCUUGCGCACGAGUUUGUGGAUAUCUCUAUGAAGUGUAAUGCAGUACUGUGUUGUAGACUCUCGCCGAUACAGAAGGCUAAGAUAGUAAAACUAAUAAAGAAUUGCUCAGAACAUCCGAUAACAGCAGCUAUCGGUGAUGGAGCUAACGACAUAUCCAUGAUACAGGAGGCUCAUGUUGGCUUCGGUAUUUUCGGCAAAGAGGGGCAUCAGGCUGCAAGAUCAGCUGAUUUCGCGUUUACAAAGUUCUCGAAAGUGAAGAAGAUGCUCCUAGUGUUAGGACACUGGUAUUAUCAAAGACUUGCCACACUCAUCCUUUACUUCUUUUAUAAGAAUUUAAUUCUAGGAAAUAUUAUGUUAUUCUUCCAAAUCCAAUCGGCGUUUUCUACCCAAUCGGUAUAUGACAGUAUGUAUUUAACGUUCUACAAUCUCGUGUUUACGUCAGUUCCCUGUCUCGUACUGUCUGUUACAGAACAACGGUGGCCUAAGGAUUUAUUACUCGCUAACCCAAUGCUAUACAGGAACAUACGGAAGAACCGUCUCCUGUCAUGGCCGUACUUCGGCGCGUGGGUGCUGUCCGCGCUCUACCACUCUGUUGUUAUCUAUGGCUUCUCAUGGUACUAUCUGGCCAGUGACGUCAUAUCCGCUGACGGGAAGACUGUGGAUUUAUGGACGCUCGGGGCGGUGCUGUUCCACCUGUCCAUGGUGGCGGUGACGCUAAAGCUGUGUGUACACGCGCGGCGCGUGACGGCCGCGCUCGCGCUCUCCGCCGCGCUCUCGCUCGCCGCGUACGUCGCCUUCAACGCGCUCUACUCGCUGCUCUACCUGAAAAUAGACGGCGACGUUCUCGGCACAUACACUCGCCUGUUAAGCACACCAUCCUUCUGGAUAUUCAACUUGCUCGUUGUUAUUGGCACACUAGCGCCAGAUUUCUGUUUGCGAAUUAUAACAGAGAAAUGGGCUCGGAGGAAUAUACGUAUGGGUAAUAGUGAAACUAACGUGUUCACAACUAGAUUGUGAAUUGCCUUGCGUUUUGUAUAUUGGGAAAAAAAUGUGUUGAUUUCCAGAGAAAUUUGCUAAGACAAUAGCAAAAACGGUUCAUAACUUAUGGAUGUUAUGUUCUGUUUAGCAUAUCUGUGAGUUUUAAAAGGCUCUUUGUACCUUAAAAAGGUCAAUGAAUAUGUUAUUCGAACACAGAUAAUUGACAAAAAAAAAUAUUUAGAUAGAAAAGUGAUUUAUGUGAAUGUAUUUAAGCUUUUAUUACAUUUUUAAGCAGUUUUAUAUACAUGUAUUUUAUAUUUAAAGUGUAUUAAUAACAAUCAUUUAUUUGGUACAAAUAUUAAAAAAAAACAAAAUCCUACAAUUCGAUAGUUUUCGAAGACGAUAGUUUCAGUAAGGUUUCAGUAUAUUUGUUAAUAAAAACAUACAUACAUAAUUCGUAUUAUGUAGAUAACGUCUCGAAAGAGUGAAGUAAUACAUACUAUACA